UGCCAUCGUCAUAAAAAUGAGUCUAUUUCCUUACUCUCUUUUUCAUUCCAGGUUGUAGAAUGGCAACCUACAACAAUACGCACUGGUUGUUGUCGCACAUCCGAAAUUCGUUCAUCUCGACCGACGACACGGGCCUGAGUGAAACAGUAAUGCUGCUGGAAGAUAUUCCCCACCAAUACGCCCAUCUGCACAAGCAAGCCCUGCGGGAGCAGCACUCUGCUGGCAGAGUGCCAGAUACGAAUCCGGAGGACGUGUUCGGCCUGAAGCAGAAGAAGUUCGAGAGUUUCUAUUGCUAUCCAGGGCUGGAUGACUCGGACGAUGAAGAGAUGGACGCCCUGUCGCAGUCGUACGAGAUUCAGAUGGAUCAGGACAUUGGGUUUCAUCGGCAGCGUUCGAAUACGGCUCAGAAGCUGGAGCGGAUGGACAUAGCUAGGAGAAAAGCAGCGAAGGUAAAGAGCGUAAAGUACGAGUGUGCAGUCCAGCAGAAUGACAAGAAAGACGACGAACUGUUCACAAGGAAAGAUGUAAGUAGUAUGGAGAUGAGUGGGACGGAGGUCGGGAAGUCGUUGCUGUCACAGCAGCUAGAGAACUUCCCGAAAAUGCCACAGAAUAAGUUCCUCGAGUUUGCCAAAUACGACGGAACUUCGCAAACCGAAGUGGCUACCAAAACGUUUAAAAUAUUCCUAACGAUGUUGCCGGAGAACCAGAAAGCCUAUCCGAUGCAGGUUUGCGUCUUAGCCACUGCCAAAAUUCAGGAUUUUAUAGGAUUGAUUUGUUAUAAGUGUAGUCUAGCAUAUCCCGAAGUAGGUUUAAGAUCAAUUAGGCACUAUGGACUGUUUAUGACGGAAGAGGACGGCGAAAUCGAUAUGGAUUUCCCCCCUUUGGACGUUAGGGAGCAAUGCGCAAAGUUUUGUUUUUCGCAUUUGGCCAUAGCGGAACGGAAGGCCUCGGAGAUUCAAACGCAAUCUAGCUUUAGUCAAUCAUCGACGAUUGUUUCAGACGAACGGACCCGUUCGAUAACGUCCGAUUUGGGCGAAACGGGAAGUCAAUCGAAGCUGUCGCCUAUCGAGCCUUCUACUAGUGAAUUCAGAGGCAUCACUCCCAAGCAGAAGGAAGAUCUGGACAAAAUGAAAGAUCACACCUCGAAAUUAGAUGCUCCCCUGUACAGGGCGUUCAAUGUCUACAUGGUUCACAAAGCUCGAAUAAAAACGGAAGUUCAGUUGGGCAUAUCAGGAGAUAAGCUAGAAAUUGACCCGAUCCAGCAGAAAUCUUCCAAACUGUGGCCUCGCCAAAAGCCGGCCAACCACAGCAUGGACUCCGUGGCUCACUGCUCGAUUGUCGACCGGAAGUCGUCCAAAUCCGUUGUGCGAAUAGUGUACAGUGCGGUUCCUUACGCGCAAUCCCUCACCGUGUCCGGGACUGACUACGUAACCUCGAGUCCCACCAUUCGGCAGCACCAACAACACCAGCAGCAGUCGCGGGUUCCGCAAUUCAAAACCUACGACAUUGAAACCGACCCGACGUCGGCGCUGGAUAUCGUAGAAAAGAUCAACAACAUCCUCGAGGUGCGAUCGAGCCCCGUACGGCGGGAGUAUAUUGCUAGCCGGAGUAGUCACUAGAGGCGAUCGACUAUUUCCUCAACAGCAUCAUCAUUACCUACUGUUGUGUACAUACCGGAAGCCAUUCGUUUGAUCACUCAUCUCGUUUUCAUAACUACCAAUACGCACCCAAUACAUACCGGUUAUUUAUUUCAUUCAUUCCCCCCUCGACCGUCUUAAACAGUUCAGGUAACGUACAGUUCCUCUGGAAAGCUGCUAAAAAGCGGAAGCAUUUUUAUUCCAUGUUAUGAUUAAAGAAUGUGCAGUAGGGUUAUUUUAUAGUUUUCGGAUAUCACAGUUGUUAUCUGUUCAUACUUAAGUUCAAAAAGGAUGCUAGGAGGAAUUGUCUGCCUAUGUUGGUUCUUAUUUUGAAUACAACCUGCUCGAAUUAUUGAUUUUCAAUAUGAUGCUUCUAAAAGUAAAUUCUAUUGAUAGAGUACCUACAUAAAGCAUUACUGCUCAUUUUGAAAGAUCUCGAGACCACUAACAUUUCCAAGUGUAAACUCGGAGAAAAUAAUCGCUAACGAAAUCUCUAUCAGCCACAACGUGAAUUGUUUCGACUUGGCUACCCGAGUCCAAUAGACAACGGACCCGAUACCAAGCCGAAACUCCUCUCACAGUGAUGGAUGCAGUUGCUAAGAAUACGUAAUUAUCUCCGAGUCAUUUGGAGGUACUGGUUGAGGCCGAAGCCUGCGUGGCUGAUCCGUCAGCCUUUUCUGUCUGCUUUGAUUGCGAGGAAUUUUCCCCCGCCGCCUGAUGUAGUAGGAGAAUGGUGACGAGCGCCACACUCCUUGCAACCUACCUUUAAGGGACACUUUUGCGCAGAGUGCCCCUGCCACAAGCAAUUGUAGCAUCUUCUAUGAUGUGCAACGGAAUUCCAACGUUCUUUGAUUGGCAGCUUGUUGAACGCUGUGCAAUAAAAUAUACUGUGCUCGCCAGUUGAGCCGCAGGCAAAACAGCCUUUCGGGCUCCUUGACGAUUGAUCCUUUUGGCGGUUCUCUUUCGAGGACCGGGAGACGGGGGCUGCUGCCACCGUCUUAGUGUUUCUUGCUCUAUCGAAUUCUGUAUGACAGGCCAGCUAGUUCGCCCGCUUUUCCAAUUCGGCCUUGAAAUCCGUCC